AUGACUGGAUUAAACUUGAUAGGCACUGAAGGCUCGUCAACUUCAGCUUUGCAGGCUCCCACGCUUCUGCUUCAGCUUCAAGCGUGCGCGUUCUCAUCUUCGUCUACUCCUCAUCACUCUCGAGACGUGAGGGUUUCGGUGUGGUGGGAUUUCAAGAGCUGCACCGUGCCAGAUGACGUAGAUGCUUCCAAGGUUGGCCCCGCAAUCGUGAAGGCCGUGAGGGCCAACGGGGUCAAAGGUCCGCUUCACAUUGCCGCUUUCGGCAACGUUAAUGUUCUCCCCAAGCCCGACAAGGAUGCACUUGCUUCCACCGGCAUUCAAUUCAUCCACAUUUUUAACGAUUUAAGUGUGCCACUUGAAAACCCAUUCCUAGCUGCUGAGCAGCCUACAUCUUUACAAAAUGUGGAGAUCUCUGAACCUUCCUUGGACUUAAAGUUAGGUGCAGUUCCAAUGUCAGUUGUAAGACAGAUUAAGCAUAUAUUAAAUUUACAUCCAAAAGGGAUCUCCAUAACAGAUCUUUGUGGGGAGUUGGUAAAAUGUGAUGUGCCUUUGGAUACAAGUUUUUAUGGAUUUAGAAGCUUUUCAUGCUUUCUAUUAGCAAUGCCACACAUACAGCUGCAGCCUGUAGGGAAUGAUAAUUUUUGUGUAUGUUUGCCCCCUUCAGAGUCCCCUGAUCCUUUUGACAGCAGUGUUGUCCCAUCAACAUCAUCUGUUGUUAAGAACAACGAGAGGGUAGAUGCAGACGAGACUCCCUCACCUGCCAACAUCCAUGCAAGGAGUAUGAAUGAUGACUCAAAAUCAUUCCAACAUGUCCCUUUCCAAACCAACAUUGUUGGGGAAUGUGUGUAUGGUAAAUUGGUAUUUCCUUCAUUAGUCGAAGGACAUGAAUUUCAGACCCAAAAUGACUUGGAGAAAUCUUUGCUGUCUAGUGAGAAGGUUGCGGAUUUGGCUAAUGCACAGCAACUUGAGACUCAACAGUCAUCCAAGGAAAACAAAUUUUCCAAAACUAAGACAAGUUCAUUAAAAGCUAAAUCUAAAAGGUCAUCUGACAUUGGCAAUGUUAAAUCUGAGGAUGCAAGUCAUAAAACUAUAGAAAAACAUACCACUUCAGGGAAUCGCUAUGCUGGCAAUGAUAACACAACCAUUGAAGACAAUGUUGAUGACUCUUUGAUUGAUAGAACACACAGUGGAAUUGCUGACACUUAUAACAGAAGGCCAACAUUCUUUAGUUGGAUUAGAAGUUGGUGGCCAUUUUGGAAAAGCAAUGCAAAAUCUGAUGAUUUAGCUGCUCAUCAGAACAAGGUGGAGAGUCACUUGGAGGAUUCAAAAGCUGAACCUGAAUUGUUUUCUAGUGCCGAGAAAAAGUGGCUGGUGGAGAUCCCCUCCCAUGGUGUAAAUGGUUUUAGAUCUGUCUUUAUGAUCAGAGAAUCACAGUUCAAGUUGCCAAAUUCAUUUGAACAUGAUGUGAAAAAGCAAAAUCAGCCUCAUACUAGAGUUUCUGCUGCCGCCACUAAAUUGAAAUAUAUAGAGAGGUCUAGAAAUGAUAUAUUAGAAGACUUGCAUACACUUGUGAAUGAGAUAUUGAGGGACCACUCAAAGGGUUAUAACAUUAUCUUGAGCUCAGAUAGUGAACUGUAUCUUUCAUUGCCGAAAGAUAAUAACAAGGAAUCGACAUUGGAGGAAUUAGGAUCUAGUCAGACAUUUGGUUCAGUUGUGGACCGUGUCAAUGAUGAGCCCAACCCAACCCAAGGCAGUGUGAUUUGGAAAAUGCAGGGUUUUAGGGUCUUAAACCCUUCCCUCUUGCAGAUGGUCUCGAGACAUCAAGAUUUCGGUGUGGUGGGAUUUCGAGAACUGCCUGACGUUUGGGAUGUGGCGCCAGCAAUCAUGAAGGCCGUGAGAGCGAGCGGAAUUAAGGGUCCUCUCCAAAUCAACGCUUUCGGCGAUGUUAUGCAGCUCUCAAAAUCCAACCGAGAAGCACUUUCUCACACCGGCAUCUAUUUUACCCACAAUCCGGGUUUCUCUUCUUUCAUCUUCUUUAACUCCUCUCCUCAUUUAACUUUGUUCACUUCGGAAAUCAUCUCAAGAUCAUCUCUAAUUGGUUCUUUCAUCUUUUUUAACUCCUCUCCUCAUUUAACUUUGUUCGCUUCAGAAAUCAUCUCAAGAUCAUCUCUAAUUGGUUCACAGUUAAACUUUUAA